UCGAUAUACCCUUCCAUUUACCGACCCUUCCUGACGCUUCAGCCUUUCCAUAACACCGAUUGCAGGCGUGAUGGGUCUAAUAGGCCAAAACAUCUCUGGUCAUAGUUUCACCAAUUCUUCCAGCCCUAGACUUAGAUGGGUUACUGAGCCUGAUAUCCGUGGGACCUUCAGCAUUCUCUCCACGUGCAUUGUCACCCUUGUCCUCUGCGUUUGGACGGCUAUCCAUCUCAACGUUCCUGGACACAAAGAAGGGGCGAUGAAACUGUACACA